CGCCAGGCUGGAGCUGGCGCGGCCGUCCCCUCCCCCACCCCCGCCGCCGGAGGGGAACCGGCCGCCGGGGCUGCUGGGGCCGGCGGGAUCGGUAGUCGUCAUGGAGUACUCGUGGGAUGAUCUGAUUCUGGCCUUCUCCCGCACGUCCAUGUUUCCCUUUUUUGAUAUCGCCCACUACCUGGUGUCAGUGAUGGCGCUGAAGCAGCAGCCAGGAGCAGCGGCAACGGCAUGGAGUAACCCCCUGUCCAGCUGGCUGAGUGCUAUGCUCCAUUGCUUUGGCGGAGGAAUUUUAUCCUGUAUACUGCUUGCAGAGUCUCCACUGAAGUUUCUUACAAACCACACUAAUAUUUUACUGGCAUCUUCAAUCUGGUAUAUUGUAUUCUUUUGCCCACGUGACCUCGUUUCCCAGUGUUAUUCAUAUCAACCCAUUCAGCUCCUGGCUGCGGGAAUGAAGGAAAUGACCCGAACAUGGAAAAUAGUAGGCGGAGUCACGCAUGCUAGUAGCUCUUACAGAAAUGGAUGGAUAGUCAUGAUAGUUGUUGGAUGGGCCCGAGGUGCAGGUGGUGCUGUCAUCACAGCUUGUGAACAGUUGUUAAAAGGAGACUGGAAACCAGAAGGUGAUCAAUGGCUGAAGAUGUCCUUCCCUUGCAAGGUAACCCUGCUAGGGUCAAUUAUAUUCACGUUCCAGCACACCAAUCAUCUGGCGAUAUCAAAGCAUAAUCUCAUGUUCCUUUACACCAUCUUCCUCGUGACCAUAAAGGUAACCAUGAUAAUGACCAAGGAUACUGCUGUGACUCUCACUCCCUUUGAGGACACCUUGACUCGGAUGCUGUUUGGCCGGCAGCAGCAGCAGCAGUUUUCACUAAGUGAAAAGAAAGCUGAAGUCAAACAGUCUUCCAAUGGCUCUGCCUCAUCAGCAUCCAAGCGGGUCACAGAGCCUACAGGAGCUGCCAAGAGACACGACAAGAAAGAAGCCAAGAAAGAAGCCAAGAAAGAAGACUGAUGGCCGUCCCUGAGCUUCCGGCAAACUGGAAGAGUUACUUACCUCAGCGUGCGCUCUAGUUCUGUGUAAAUGAUGUAAAAUAACGCUUAUCUGUAGGGAUGGAGGAGACAAAAGGAGGAAGCGCUUUGUUUCAGGGACACUGCUCACUCUGCUGAUUGUAACUCUUGGGGUCACGAGUGUAUCAUGUGAAUUUAUUUUUCUGGUGUAAGAGAUUCUCAUAAUUAUUUGGAUAGUUUUAUAUUGAUAAAAGAAUAAUUUUUUAAACGUUAGAAAAAGUUCACUUGUUACUGCAAAAUUCUAAGAAUUUAACAAAAAAUUCAGUAUUUCUUUUUUACUUUUUGAAUGACUAUAAUUGUGUUUUAAUUCUGCAGAAUUAAACUUUCAUUUCAUAUUUCCAGUAUAAUUCCUGUAUAUAGAAGACAGUUUCUAUUUAAUUUUGAACAUGGAGAACUUUUCCUAAAUACUUUUUAACCUAAAAUAAACUAAUAGUGUAUAUUUGGUGUAUACAUUUAUUUAUUUUAUAUAUCUCACACAUAUUAAAAAUACCUGAAAUUUAAUUUAUUUUAGUUUCAAGUAUUAUUUUUCAUUAUUUUUAAUAUGAGUCUCAGUUUGAAGUUUGUUUCAUGCCCUUGUUUUAAAAACUACUUUUUCCUUAGAAAAGCAGGGUUACAAUUUGUGUAUGUCUUCUUCUUUUUGCAACAGCAGUCUCACUCUGUAGCUCAGGCUGGCCUCAGAUCUUCUACCUCGGCUUCCCAAGUGCUGGGAUUAUGGGCAUGGGCCACCAUGCCAGGCUAGGGGUGCAGUUUUUAUUGUUAAUAAUCCUGUGUUUGGAACCGGGGUUGUGUUGUCUCUGUCCUUACCCUGUUUCAACAGCUGAGGAGAGAGAUUCUUCACAUGUGGUAUGUUCCUCCUGACUCAGUUGGUCUGAGUAAGCUGGUGGUAUGUCUCUGUGCCAUGGCUGAAACUGUGCCCUCUACCUCUUUUCCGGUGAUCAUUGCUUCACGAGUUCAUUUGAUUAUUUGACUGUCUCGUGUAAGUUUGCCUUUAGGUGUCUGCUUCAUAGAUGUGUGUGUAUUUCUAGUUUUAUCUGAAAUGAAAGCUGUUUUUCUGUGAAAAUGCUCAGCUCUCAUGAGGACUGUCUUCCCACAUUUGAUAUGAGCCACAGAUGCCAACCUCACAAGGUAGACACUUGAAUGAAGUAAUACAACAUGAAAUCUGCUUUCUCGUUGACAAAGUAAAAAGCAAACACGCAAACAUACCAAAUGGUAGAUUUUAUUUGCUUUAUUUGGUGCAUAAAAGUCAUGUUAUAACAUUAAAAUUCUGGGUUGUGACUUUCCUACUAAGAAUGUGAGCUUGCCAUCUGUGUUAGGCAUUUUUGGUUGGUUAAGAAGCACUUAAAUGAUAUUCAAUAUGUAAAGUUUUCCUUUUGUUUUUGUUUUUUGUUUUUGUUUUAUUUUUCAAAACAGGGUUUUUCUGUGUAAUAGCACUGACGUUUUCCUUUUUAAUUUUUAACAAACAUGCACAAUAGCAGGUACUUUACUUGAUUAAGGAAAAGAUUUUGAGUGGGGCACUUUUGAUAACCUAGGUAUGAGAAAAUGCUUAUUUUUGAUAUUGUGACAAAAAGCACUAAAUUAAUUGCAUUCUCUAUUAUAUAUUUGACAAUCUGUUGUUAAAAAUAUUGCAAAAUUAAUAUGUUAUUGGUCAGUUCUGAAGUUUUAACUGUCGUUAAAAUGGUAAGAAUCUUGUUUUUCAUUUGUGUUAAAAACAAGUUCAUUAAAAUAAGUACUUUAGUA